UGCACUAAUAACUAUGCUGCAGAGCAACAGCUAUCUUAACAGUCUGAUUAGCCAACCCAACAAUUACAAAUCCUAAACUCCAAAACCCCAACAGCAAGCCAAAGCCAACAAGAAUAAUAAUAAUAAUUCACUAAACUAGGACAGUUUCAUUUCCUUCAAUCUUCCUAUUUGCGAUGAAUACGUCGCAGUUUAUGGAUAAGCAGAUAAUGGAUUUGACAACCUCCCAUAUUGGCACUAGCCCCAACAAAGACAAGGACAAGGACUUCAUCGAUCUAAUGAACAAUCCGCAGCACCAUGAAGAUCACGAUGUGAAUAAUGGCGUUGCGAUUGGAAUUAAGAAGGAAGAGAUCGUACCCAGUUACGAUUUUCAGCCGAUUCGCGGGGGAUUGUCUCAAUCGUUUAAUUUUGAUUCUGCCUCUACUGCUAGGGUUUGGAAUUCUGCUGAUAAUGAAUCUAAAUCUCUUUUCAGAAAUUAUAACUCCAUUGACACAGUUGAACCUGCAAAAUUUGUUCUGGAGAAGGACUGUAAUACCUCAGAUGCCACUAUUGUGUCAGAGAUUGAUCGAACCAUGAAGAAAUAUGUUGAUAAUAUGCUGCAGGUGUUAGAAAGCGUCAGUGCACGAAUAACUCAGUUGGAGACAAGGACCCACAACCUUGAGAAUUCUAUUGAUGAUUUGAAGCUAUCUCUAGGAAAGAAUCAUGGAAUUACUGAUGGAAAAAUGAGGCUGAUGGAAAAUAUUCUGAGAGAGGUACAAUCAGGGGUUCUACUUUUGAAGGACAAGCAAGAAAUGGUGGAGGCUCAGCUACAGCUUUCAAAGCUGCAAGUAUCAAAGGUAGAUCAGCAACAAUUAGAAAGCCAGAGCUCUGGGUAUGUGGAUACUGUGCAGCAAGCAGCAUCUGCUCCCCUGCAAUCUCACCUCCUGCCACCUCCUCCUCCUAUUACUUUUCCACAGUCAGUUCCUGCUCUUCCUCCCACUGUUGUUCCUCCCCUUCCUGCUACCCAACAGAAUCUGCAACCUCCAGUUCAGCUCCCUAGUCAGUUCCCUCCUAGCCAUGUUCCUUCUGUGCCUCAGAGAGAAACUUACUUUCCAUCCCCAGGUCAAACUCAAGAUGCCCCAAAUCAACACUACCAAGUUCCUCCACCUCAGCCGCAACACCAUCCUCCUGCAGCACCACCACAUCAACCAUAUCAACCUCCACCACAGCCACAGUACUCUCAGCCACCCCACCCACCUCAACUUCAAUCUUCAUUAGGCCACCUUUCUGAAGAUGCAGCUUACAAUCCACCUCAGAACUAUGCACCAAACCUUCACCCACCUCCUUCUCAGCCAGCAAGUUCCCCUCCCUCCCAACAGUAUUAUGGGACUCCUCCUCCUCCUCCUCCUCCUCCUUCCCAUAUGUAUGAGCCACCAUCCAGCAGAUCUAGUUCUGGGUUUCCUGCAGGUUAUGGGCCACAAUCUGGGCCUAGUGAACCAUACCCCUAUGGUGGACCACCCUCUCAGUAUGGUAGUGGUUCCACAAUGAAACAACAACUCCCUGCUGCCACAGCACAGAGUGGUGGAAGUGGCUAUCCUCAUCUCCCAACUGCUCGUGUUUUACCACAAGCACUUCCUACUGCCUCUGGGGUUGGUGGUGGCUCAGCUUAUCCUGGAUCUGGAAAUAGAGUUCCUGUGGAUGAUGUGGUUGACAAGGUGACAAGUAUGGGAUUCCCCAGGGACCAUGUUAGAGCAACAGUUCACAAGCUGACAGAGAAUGGCCAGUCAGUUGAUCUGAACAUGGUGCUGGAUAAGCUAAUGAACGAUGGGGAAGUCCAACCUCAGAGAGGUUGGUUUGGUCGGUAGCAUGGUAUCUUUGAUUCAAACUGAAGUAUACAGUUACUACUCUCAGAUCAUUUGCUGAGGAUGAACUGUUGCAUGGAAUUCAGGGUUCUCUCCCUGUUGGAUUCCUUGGUUGCUUUUAUUUCGAUUUAUUUUUUGUUUGGUCACUUCGCAGCACAUUAUCUUGCUUAUCAAGACUUUGGUUUGCGACUGCCUUUCUUCAUUCCAUUUGUGUAUACUAACAAUAAUUUGAAGUGCAUUAUUCUCCUCUAAAUGUAUACCGACAUCUACUGGUAGAGUAACUGGAUUAGAUUUUGCUCUUUCAAAUGGGCCUUUCCAUGAAUGAACAUAAGAAUAUGAAUUUAGUAAAACAAUUCUAUAGUUGUUUUCA